CCGUUAGUCAGUCAGUCAUUUACUAAGCCCCGAUUCUGAAUUCCGAAUAAUUGCUCUCGAGUCGGUGUUCGUCCAUUGGAACAAACAUCUUAUAGUGUGUUACCCAGUUUAAAGGAAAUUCAAGAUACCCUAUGUACCAUUGUCGAGAGGAUAGCAUAGGUAUGCAAUCGCAUUGAGCCCAUACAAACUCAAAUAGACCCUACACUGUCCCCAAUUGUGGGAGAAAUCCCCAAUACUCCAAUACUGGCAACACUGUUUUUAAACCAUUGUCCAUCGUUUUUCGAAUAGUUAAAUUGUGAUUGUGUCUGCCUGUGGAUGAGGCGAACUUUAGUACUGUAGUGAGCCCAACAAGAAAUUUGUUUGUUUAGUCUUUGGAAAACGACGAAAGCAGUGAAAGCCAAAAAUGAGAAAUUUGUAAAACCAAUUUGUUGUUAAUUUAAUUGUAACGCGAUAUAUGUGCAAUAACUCACAUCCAAAGCCAAAAGCAACAACAAUCAAACAAUGACGUCGACGUUGGGUAUUUAUGCCACCUCUGCUGCUUUGAUUGCGGUGUCUUUAUUAUCAGCGUUUGCCUAUGCCGGAGUACCACGUUCCAGCUAUGAAGCCUUAAUAAAAUCAGAAUCGCAAGAAUUAGGGCUAUAUAAUCACACGGACAAAGUACGCGUACUCACCGAUGUCAAUUUUAAGGAGGAGGUUUUGGAGAGGAAUCGCUCCAUCUUAGUUGAAUUUUACAAUAGCUAUUGCGGCCACUGUAGGAAGUUUGCUCCCACAUACAAGCUCCUGGCCGAUGAGCUAUACGAUUGGAGAGAUGUGGUGCCGAUAAGUGCAAUAGACUGUGCGGCGGACGAAAACAAUGGUAUUUGCAGAGAUUAUGAAGUAAUGGCCUACCCCACUUUGAGGUAUUUUGGUCCAGGCUAUGCACCUUCGCCUGAUAAUUAUGGCAUAAAGAUUCUUACACAAGUUCCGGAUGAAAUAAGAAGUCUAGUGGCCGAAUAUGUGGCAGCCGAAAACAAGACCAGCAACAUGACCUCGUGGCCAGACUUGAAGCCUUUGCAGGCUGCACAUACCGUGUCCACGGGGGCAUUAUUUGAUGGUCUGGACAGUUUGAAAAAAUUUGUGGUGAUUGUCUAUGAGCCCGAGAACACAACCAUUGGCAUAGAGACUGCCCUACAUUUUGUAAGAUAUCCAAAUAUAGCAGUUAAAAGGACUUCCAAUCUUGAGUUGGCGGGUAAAUACCAAAUCGAUGGCAGUCGUUAUCGCAUAGCUACAGUGAGUCGCCAGGGUUCCAUAGUGCCCUAUGGCUCAUUGCAUGAGACUUCUCUUUCCUAUAAAGAAACCAUUGAAAGCUUUCUCAAAUCACAACACUUGACCGAGAAACCGCCAACGAACGAUCCCUCCCUAACACGUUCAUCGUCGGUGAUUGAUGAACAUGAAAAUGCCAAAAUUAUUGAAGAAGUGCGACGCAAUAAACACAUGGUUUAUCAAGCUGAUCUCGAAAUGGCUGUGCGGGGUACUCUGUACAAUGAAAUACCAAAAUCAUCUCACAUCAGCGGUGAAAAGUUGUUGGCCCUACAACGUUUCUUGGGAGUUUUAGAAAACUACAAUCCUUUGGGUUCGGCAGGACGCAAAAUGAUCAAAGAUCUUUCAGCCUACACCAAACGCCAUACGCAGGAAUUAUCCGGUGAAGAUUUCGAAAAGGAACUUAAGCGUUUAGAAGACGAGCAUGGUGGUUCGGCAUUCUCUUCUAAACGUUAUAUUGGAUGUAUUGGGUCAAAAACGGGAUUAAGGGGUUUCACAUGCUCUCUAUGGCAACUGUUCCAUUUUAUGACAGUUCAAGCCGCAACUUCAGAUAAAAGUGAAGAUCCUUUGGAAGUGCUGCAGGCCAUGCAUGGAUAUGUAAAACAUUUCUUUGGAUGUACAGAAUGUUCUAAACAUUUUCAGGAAAUGGCAAUGAAACGCAACAUUUGGAACAAUCCCACUAAGGAUGAAGCUGUUCUAUGGCUUUGGGCAGCCCACAACGAAGUGAAUCAACGCUUGUCUGGUGACGAAACUGACGAUCCGAAAUUCCCUAAAAUUCAAUUUCCCUCAACCUCAAGCUGUUCACAAUGCCGCAAAGAUACCUCUCACUCAGUGCCGUCGGCUGCAUCUCAGACACCUGCGAACUGGGAUAAAGAUCAUGUCCUACAGUUUCUUAAAAAUAUUCAUAAUCCAGAAUUUAUCAGUCGCUAUGGUGUGGAUAAUCAUGAUAUACUACCACCUACCUUGGAGAAAAUGCGACAAAAACGUAUGAUAAGCAGUGUUUUCUCAGACAUGGACAUGGGUAUGGGCAUGCUGUUGUAUGGAUUUUGCAUUGUGAUGUUGGUUGUGGCCUUUAAAUUAUUCGCAAUGAAAAAGGGUGGCUAUCGCAAGAAACCCUAUGCUCAUAAUCUUUUGGGUAAAGUGUAAUUCAAAAUUUGCUUUAAUUAAACGUGACACACGUUAUCAACUCAAAAUGAAACUUGGACUUGAUAUGUAUAAUCGAAGAAAACCGAUUUGUUAGCCAGCCACUGUAAGGGCUCCUUUUAUAUAUAUAUAGUACUACAUGUGUUAUUCUCAAUAAUUCCAUUGUCUAUAUUUUCUAUGUGUCUUUUUUUCUGUAUAUAAGCUCUAAAGUUUAU